CGCCACGAACAACCACCACCUCUCCGAUCACAAGCAAACAAGCAACGUCCAACCCAACACCAACCUCAACCUCACCAAUCACCACCCCAAUCCCAACAACCCCCCGCCCAAAACAAUGGCAACCACCCGCUCCCUCUACCGCUCCCUCCUCCGCGAGCUCCCACCGCGACCCCUCCUCAGCACACCGCGCGCCCCUCUCCACCAGCGCCUGCGCGACAACUUCCAGCAGCAGUCCGCCUCCGCCUCCGCCUCCGCCCCGCCCGCCGAGCUGCAGGCGGCCCAAGCCGAACAAUACGUGGCCUACCUGCGCGCCCAGCGCACCUACGUGACGCUGCUAGAGCGCUAUAACCCGGGCAUGGGCAUGGACGAGGAGGAGCGCGUAAGGUUGACGGCGCGGCGGGUGGGGAUGGAUUUGCCGGUGGAGUAUGAUGUGGAGGGGGAGGGAGAUGUGGAGGGGGGGAAGUAGAGUGGUGGGAGGUGGAAGAUCAGAAGGGGGAAAAUGUGAGGGGGUUACGUUGUAUGAAAGGGUGCGUUGGGUAUAUAUCUGGGCUCAUCACUCGGCGUUUGGAGAAGGGGGUUGGUUUCUUGGGAUUGCUUUGGCUUUGGCUUUGGCUCAAGGGUUCUGUGAGUGGAGAAAAAGAAGCAGGUUGAGAAGCUGUAUAUCAGUCGAACAUGUACAUUUGCAUACAACGCCCGCCGCGAGGUCAGCGGUGCCGAGAGGACGGGACAUACUCCAAUACAACAAUUGCCAAAUACCUUUACCAUGGCGCACCGGAGAUGGGACUUGUGAUGAGACGCACGAGACGUCCGCCCCCG